UUUAUAAUGGGAAAAAGGACGAUAUUAUUCGGGAUGGAAAUCAAAUUCUCGUGCCUAUAAUACAAUACUCUUCUUAGGUGAAGAGGUUAUUGGCUCGCAUGUCAUGUAAUAUUUGACAACUGCUGAAAAAGUUUUGCUGAUUGUUGGUGUGUUGCUUUCAAAACAGUAGACUAUCCUUACAGCUUAUAUAAUACUUUACAAAGUGCAAACCUUAAAGUUUGAGGUUUCCCUGCCUUGUUAGCAUUCCCAUAUUGGGAACAAGAAAAACCAGGUUUCAAAAUCAAAGGAAAAGUAUGAGUUCAGUUUCUGUUCCUCAAGAAUCUUCCCACAGUGAUGAACUGUUAAUGCAGCAGGGUUUGCUUUUUUCAGAUACUCUUAAGGAUUUGAAAAGUUUAAGAAAACAGUUGUAUUCUGCAGCAGAUUAUUUUGAAAGAACAUAUAACGAGGAAGAACAGAAAGAAUUAGUGGAGGAUACUUUGAAAGAUUAUGCCAUUAAAGCUUUGAUCAAUACUGUGGACCACUUAGGUUCCGUAGCAUACAAGGUUAACAAUUUUCUGGAUGAUAAGAUGGUUGAAAUUUCUGGGAUGGACCUUCGUUUAUCUUGCUUGGAACAGCGGUUGCGAACAUGCCGAGAGUUUGUCAGCUUAGGGGGUCUCUCUCAGCAGUCAUUAGUGUUUGAGGCACACAACAAGCACCACAAGCGGUACAUCUUUCCAGUUGAGCAGACACUGAAUGAUGUUGCCGAAACGAUAUUCGAGUUCCACCCCAAUAGAAUGCCUGCUAGAUUAGACUUGCACCAGUUUAAUAAUAUUGAUAUUCAAGCAGUAGCAGCAGAAACCCCUUCCGAAUCCAUCACGGAUGCAUUCUACGCGUUACACUCUCCACAAUCUUUGCCAAGAAAAAGCCCCCGGUUAUUUACCAGCAUUUCAAUGAACCAAAGACAAGAGAACCGGUCAAACUCUCCUCGUCACUUUCUGCUCCCGCGUUCUGGAUCUGUUAUGCAGAGAUCAUCAUCUCCGAGCCAUUCGAAUGCUAAAAAACGGUGGCCGUCGGAGCCUCGGAGAACUGUUUCAAUGUCCACUUCCCUAGCUGAAAGAGAGAGGGCUAAAGAUAUGGAGCAAUAUUCUAGCAAAGGCAAACGUCUCCUCAAGGCUAUGCUGAGCUUGCGCAAAUCCAAAAAGAAUGUCACAUUGCACAAAUUCUUGGAUGAGAAUUGAGAACAACAAUGUUAUACUCAAACAAUUCAUUCAACAUAUCAGACAUUACGCAAUUGGAAAAGAAAGAAAUAUACUAUAAAAUUUAGUUCAAUUGAUUCA